AUGGACUCAACUCUUGCGUCGAGAGAAAUGGUGGUUGAAAUGUGCGAUGUGGUGGCGGAAAGAGCAGCACGCGUGGCAGGAGCAGGAAUAGUUGAGAUGAUAAAGAAGCUGGGAAGGUUAGAGAAGAAGAUGAGAAUUGUGAUAGUUGAAGGAGGAUUGUAUGAUCAUUACAGAGUCUUUAGAAACUAUCUUCAUAGUAGUGUUUUGGAAAUGCUCGGCGACGAGUUUCCAGAUCAUGUCGUCACUGAACAUGCUCACGGUGGAUCGGGUGCCGGAGCUCUUUUCUUUGUCGCUUGCUGUAAUGCUAAAAUCUAG